AUGAUCUCGCGCGAGCAGCAAACGCGCCUCCGCGUCGGAGAGGAUCCGGCCGAUCCUCCUCGGACUCCAGAGAGCAGAACCAAAUCUGCUUCUGCUGAAAACGAUUGGGAUUCAGACUCUUCCGACAAUAUGCCUGAGAUCUCUGACUUCGAGAAGGAGCGAUUGGCGAACAUCGCCGAGCGCGAUGCGCUGCUCAAACAACUUUCUCUUGAUUCAAAAUCCGCCGGUCUUUUCGCGACUCCCCCCAAGCCCCCGGGCAGCGGUGGCUCGAAGCCAAAGAAACGCCCCGCCCCCAAGCGCGUGAAGAAAGAAGAAGAGGACACGACCCCUCGCCGCACCUCCUCCCGCCUGAAGGGAAUCGCCGCCGAGAGCGAAGUCGCAAAGCGCAAGGCAGACGAUGAACUCGACGCCCUGCGCGAGGCCGAGCGCGCCAAGCGAAUUCGCCGCACCGAUUCCUUUACUCAAGCCGAUAUGUUUGUCGCCGGACAGAAGCUCACCGGAGCCGAUUUGAUCGGCGUGGAUGUGAUUACCAAGGGCGUCGCAAAGCCGUAUGAACGAACUUUCGACAGUGCCGAUAUCGAGAAGACCACCGACAAGGAUUUGAAGGCAAUUCGGAAGGAGAUGAACGGCAUGAAGCUGUGGGAUGCUUGGGAUCCGCAGCGUAUCAAGAUUACCCCGGAGCGUGUGUAUGCGAUGGCUUUCCACCCGUCUGAGUCGAAGCCUCUUAUCUUUGCCGGUGACAAGAUGGGCCACCUUGGUAUGCUGGAUGCUUCACAGGAGAAGCCCACCGUUAAUGAGGAUGAUGAGGAUGAGGAUGAUCCGGACCCUGUCUUAACAACUCUGAAGCCGCAUACACGCACUAUUAGCUCGAUGAUUGUUAACCCUUCGAAGCCGACUCACCUGUACACUGCCAGUUACGACAGUUCGAUCCGCGAGUUGGAUCUGGAGAAGAUGACCUCGUCUGAGAAGUACGCACCGGAAUCCACCAAUAUCGACGAGGCAGUCUCUGCCGUGGAUAUGGUGGCGGACGAUCCAAACACUUUGUACUGGACGACUCUGAAUGGUGAAUUUGGUCGAUACGAUAUGCGCAUGCCUCUCAAAGAGAGCAACGUCUCGUCGUGGCAACUGUCGGAAAAGAAGAUCGGCGGAUUCACACUGUGCCCCUCGCAGCCACACUUUGUUGCGACAGCGAGCUUGGACCGUUUCCUGCGCCUGUGGGACCUGCGCAAGUUGUCGUUUGACAAUCCGGUGCCCGUCGCCGAGCAUGAAAACAGACUGUCAGUGUCACACGCUGCAUUCAACGCAGCUGGUCAAAUUGCGACCAGCUCAUACGACGACACUAUCAAGAUCUAUGAUGUCGGCGCUAAAGGUCUCUCAUCAUGGAAGGAAAAACACACUCUCCAAGAUGGCGACUUCACCCCCGACACAGUCGUCCGGCACAACUGCCAAACAGGACGCUGGGUGACAAUUCUCCGCCCCCAAUGGCAACAGAACCCUCAGUCACCGAUCCAACGAUUCUGUAUCGGUAACAUGAACCGUUUUGUCGACAUCUACAGCAGCAGUGGUGACCAACUUGCUCAGCUUGGUGGUGAUGGCAUUACUGCUGUCCCUGCGGUGGCUGUAUUCCACCGGAGUAAGAACUGGGUUGCUGGUGGUACUGCUAGUGGCAAGCUUUGCUUGUGGCAGUGA